AUGAGAUCAUCGGGAUCCACACAGACAGUCUGGAAGACUAGUGCAGGACAUAUGUCAACCACCACCACAGUGAUGGACAACAACAAUGGAUCAGUUCUCACGCCACCAGUGAAAGUGGGAAAGAAGUCAGUUACAGAGGACAUAAUGACAACAUUCAGCUCACCAGCAGCAUGGCUUCUUGUUGUUGCUCUGAUUGUUACCUGGUCAGCAGUAGCUAUUAUAAUGUUUGACCUGGUGGAUUACAAAACCUUUGCAGGAAGCUCUGUUAACAAGCUCAGCAAGGAGCCACUGAGAAUCAUACAUCAGACCGUGGAAGAAUCCACUGAUUGGCUUUAUGGUUUGAUUUCUUUACUGUCUGACAUCGUAUUGACUGAUGAUGAUGACAGUGAUGAAGGUGAAGUGGAACCUCCGUUGAAAAAAAAAGCUGAAAUUCACCCUGUGACCAAAAAAAAAGAAAUUCAUAAAGACAAGCCUGACAGACAAGAAAAACUCGAAAAACCAGCACCAAAAGUAAUUCACAAAGUGAAACCUGAAAAACAAGAGAAGAUUGAACGGAAAGAACAACCAAAAGCAAUGUACAAAGACAAAUCUGAAAGACCAGAAAAACCUGAAAAGAAAGAAAAACCCAUAGUUGCUCACAAAACCAAACCUGAAAAACAGGAGAAAGCUGAAAAAGCACCUCCAAAAGUCAUUCAAAAAGACAAACCUGAAAGAGAGGAAAAAGUUGAAAAGAAAGCUCCUCCUAAAGAAGAGAAGAAAGCGAAAAGCACCAAAGUUGAAGAAAAAGUUAAAAAGGAAGUGAAAGAUGGAAAAGCUGAAUCAAAGACAGCCGAAAAAGGCAAGCAGACAGAAGCAAAAGUAGAGGACGUUGGGUUAAUAAAGGCCAAACCGAAAGUGAAGGAGGAGAAAGCAGUGAAGGCUGAAACAAAAUCAGAAAAGAAAGGACAAAAGGAAACAGUGCCUCCUUAUCUACUUGUAGAACAAAAUCCAAGGAAGAAGCCUGCAGCACUAGCUAUUGAAGAAGAAAAGCCUCUUGUGAUAGCUAAGGAAGUGAAAAGAACAGAAGAGGAAAAGAGGAUAACCCAAGAGAAGAGAGCUAUUCCUGAAACUAAAAAGAAAGAAAAAGAAGAGGAAAAAAAGAAAUCCCCUGAGAAGACUGUCCCUGAAAUAAAAAAAGCAGUGCCACUAAAAGAAAAGACAUCAAUUCCACCUAUAAGGAAAGAAGAGCCAGCAAAAGCUCCUGCAGUCAAACCAGCCACUAUAAAAGCAGCAGCACCAGUUUCCAAGACAGCAGCAGCAGCUAAAACAGCAGAAGAAUCACCCAAGAAGGAAAAGCUGGUGGAAACUGCCAAACCACUGAAGAAGGAAAUACCUGCAGUAGCUCUAAAAGUACCUGUAUUUGUGGCAAGUCAUAAGGUAAAAGAAACUGGACAAGCCAAACAACAAGUCGUUGCAGUUCCAGCUAAGAAAGCAGUACCUGAAAAGAAGGAAGAAAAAACAGUGAAGGCUGUGGAGCAAGAUAAACCAAAGCCGAAAGAAACAAAACCUGUAAAAGAGAAAGAAGUGAAACCUCCAGCUGCAACAAAGGAUAAAGAGUAUGUCAAAGAAAAGGAAGUAAAGCAUCCUGCAGCUUUAAAAGAUAAAGAGCAUGUAAAAGAAAAAACUGUGAAGACUCCAGAAGUUCCAAAGGACAAAGAGCCUGUUAAAAGGAAAGAAGUGAAGCCUCCAGCAGCCUUAAAGGAAAAGGAGCCUUCAAAAGAAAAAGAAGAGAAGCCUCCAGUUCUUGUCAAAGAAAGAGGGGCCACAAGAAAACAAGCAGUGAAGCCUCCAGUUGUCGUCAAAGAAAAAGAACCUGAAGUCAAAAAAGAAGAAAAACCAGCAAAACCAGCUCCAGUGAAAAGUGAAGGUGAGAAGAAAGACCCUGAAGUCAAAAAAGAAGAAAAGCCAGCAAAACCAGUGAUUUUAGAAGCCAAAAAGGUGAAAGAUGCUAAAGUAGUCCUUCAUCCUGCUGCUGAAGGCAAAAAAGUCGAGGCCAAACUACCAACUACAAUAGUGAAACCUAAUGAACACAAGCAUGAAUCUAUUAAACAAGAAAAAGCAGUUUCCCAUGCCAAACCAGAUGAAAAAAUCAAACAAGAAAAGACAGCUCCCACUGAAAAAUCAGAGCAUGAAGCUGUCAGACAUGAAAAAGAAGUUCCACAAACAAAAUCAGCCAGAUCAAAAGUAACUGCAAAACCAGCACCUGAAAUGACAGUAGCAGCCAAGAAAAAACCAGAAAAGGCUGCAAAGGAAAGAGAAGCAAAAACAGAGAAGAAACAUCCCAAAGAGGGAAAAGCCAAAGCAGUGCCAACAGUAAAAGAAAUUCUAAGACAGCACAACCUGACAACAGAGAAGAUUUCUAAAGCUGCAAAAACAGCAAAAGAAUAUGCAGAAAUAAUUUCCAUUAAAAAAGACAAAGCUCCAGUCCGCUUCUUCCAAUGUGUCUUCCUAGAUGGAUAUAAUGGAUAUGGAUUGCAAUUCCCCAUUACUCCAGCUCCCAGCCAUGAAAAGAGACCUGGUCAACCAAAGACUUCAGGGAGGAAGUCAAAGACACCAGGACAGUAGAGAGACAUGUGAUCUGUGUAUUUUUGAGACUUCGCACUUUAUCCCUUCUACUGAGGUCCACAGUAACUACAGUGCUACUUGUUACUGUAGACAUGUGAUCCAGUAGAUCUCCUGCACCUGGAAAUAUUUUUUUACUGUCUGGUGCUGUGGGAAAAGAGGUGGUGGAGGAACACUGUUCAUCCAAACAAUACUAAUAUUGUUCUUGAGGAAAGGCUUUGGUGUUGAAAUAGUGUAUGUCAGAUUGUGCAGUUUGCUUGUGCAUGUGCAUUUUCCUGCCUCUUCUGCUCUUCUUAUUUUUCCCCUACCUGUUCUGAAUUCAGGUAUGUCUAUUUUCCAUGUAGUGAUUUUUAAAGAGCAAAAAAUAUAAAUGCAAAGACUAUUUCAAUAAGAUUAUUUUGCAAGAUUACCUGGAAUCCUAAAUCAUGUCCUGUCAAUGUUCAAUCAGAUCUCUGAUAUGGAAAAAGCCUCAGUAAAUCUGAAAAUGUGCUUCAUGACUGGUGCUAUUUUUCUGUAUAAUUGACCAGUUUAGAAUGAAGCUCACAUCUUACCUUUAAGCUGCUCAGUGUACCAUAGAAAGGUUCACUAGCCAAACAGUUAAUGAUGAGUAUUUACAUUUAAGUUGAAGACAAGCAAUAAAAACUUGCUAUAUUUGCCCCUUAAGUAUAUGUAAAAUCAUAAUACCUCAUUUCCCUUUCAUUUUGAGAUCUGGGGAAGUGAGCCAAGGCGGGCCUGCCAAAAGAGAGGUGAAGCAAGGAGAUAAACUGUGAAGAUCUCAUGAGUGGGAAGGAAAUUCUUUUACUUCCUCUGUCUCUUCUUGGACAAAGUCAUUAUCAAGUCAGCACAGACUGCAGAUAGAUCAUGCUGGCCAAUCAUUUGUUAGAAAAAGUCAGCGAGGAAGCUAUAUCAUCAGACACUACUUGUGAAACAAAACCAAAUUUUCAAGUAAAAAUACCAACAUGAUACAAUCUUGGAGCAAUCAGCAAAAACAGGGCAUGUGCAAGAAAUCUUGUUAGUUAAUUUUGCCAGACAAGAUGGAAGGCCUUAUAAGCUAUUAGCUGGGCCUCUGUCAAAGUGCACUGUAUUGACAGUUACUUUUAGGAUGGGUGCAGCAAGUAAACAUGCCACUCCUCAACCAUCUUUUUUAUUUCUUCAGAUGGAUUAGCUAUGUCAAAGAAAAGGGAUGCGCUGGUACUUGACCUAUGUGAAGGUGUCUGAUUGUAAAUCAGUGUUGUGAUUGUCUGUACAUGUCUAGCAAUGUAAAUAAUAAUGCAUUUUUGCAAGCUGCUAUUUUUCUUCCUUACUAUAUUUAUGAAUUUAAUCUGUGAACCAUACAGCUGUGAUCCCAGUUUCAUAGUUACCAUCUGAAAUACCAUGAAUUUUAACAUGAUAACUCAUGAAAUAGAUCCUCUCACACCUGUAAAUCAUAUAUAGCUUUUUUUUUCAGUAUAGCUCAAGAUAACAUCACCAUAACACUGAUGCUUAUCUCAAUAGGAAGAUUGAUUUACAUAGGUUUCAGAUAACUAUGUCCCAGAAGGACUCAGGCAAUUUAUAAUGGGAUAUGGAGUUUUUUUACCUCUAGGUCACUGGGUCAGAUUGGUAAUGGCUAAAAGUUGUUACUUUCUGAUUGAUGUUCAAUGGCCUAUAUGAAAUGAGUUCUUGGUCUUAGCACACUCUGUGUUAUGCCUCUCAAAAUCUACCAUCCCACCAGAUGGCCUUGACAGCCAUUUAGAAACUCAGCUACCAUCUUGUGUCUAGGGGUUGUUCUUCCCAAUCAGGAAGAGGACACACUGGGGAUGUGGGUGUAGAGUGCUCUGACUCUGCAGUAACCAGAGCUGUAAACCUGGAACUCGCAGGGUUUUUUUCAGCAGGACUUCUCCCCCCUACUGCCCGGAGGUCCUCAUCACCUCAAUGUAUCUUUUGUGUCUCACCACAAAUUGUGUGUAUUUCAGUGUGUCAUUACACAGGUUGCUGCUCUAUGAUUUUCCUACUAAGGCUGUCUUAAUGAAGGGAUUAUAACUUUCAGAAGGUCAGUUUAUUUAAUUCAUAGCUUUAUCCAAUUCAAAUGAUCAGCACGACAUUUAAUUUUUUUAUAUAUUCACAAGCUGUUGUGGUUUUUUUAGCUUUUUUUUACACUUGAUUUCCCUUUUUGCUCAUGAUGACUUGGCUAUUUCUCCCAUUGCAAUUUGAUUUGGGAAAGGACAAUAAUGUUUUUUAAGAGCCCGUUCCUCUAGCAUUUCAAUUAGAUAUCAGAUUGGCUCUGAAGAAGUAAAACAUUUGAUCUAUGCUUCAAUAGACAAGUGAUGUAAAUCUGACCAUAGACAGUCACUUCCUAAUCUUGGCCACUGACAUGAAAACUACUGGACACUCCUUGGUUAAAAUGACAGUCCUUUUCCUUGGGCCUUCAUAAACUGAAUUUAUCUGAAACCUUAACAGUGCA